AUGGAAAUAUUUAUCCACGAAAUGGAUUACUACAUUUUUGAUAUUUUUUCUCAAGGUGAAUCCGGUGAAUCUAGUAGUUCGUUACAUCGUUAUCCCUCGUAUAGUGAAUUUCACGAGGCUUUGGAUUCAUACGAAGUGAAGACGAAAACUCAUUACACAGUUUUGUCAGAAACCAAAGAUUUCAACAAAGAUCAAUGUUUACAAGAGGUUUUAGAAGCCUCUUCAUCACCUCAAAUUUGUUGGCAAUUAACACAUAAAGAAGACAGUCUUCCCAUUCAUUUUAAUGGCAUACCAUAUAUAUGGCUCGGUACAAAGAAAUACCAAUGCCACCAAGGGAAAGACAGAGGUAUCUCUAUAAAAAAGAAAUACAAACAAGAUCGAGAAGAAAAACUUCGUGGUGACCACCCCGAAUGUGUUAGAACGAGAAAACUGGCACAACACACCAAGAAGUUGGAUUGUCCUGUUGUAUUCAGCGUGAAGAAACUCCUACUGUUUCCUGGGUAUAAAAUCGAAAAAGAUUCUAAAUGGAACAGAACUGUUGCUUCAAAAAAAUUGAAAGGCGCAUUGGUGAAGUAUCACAUGAAAGAUGAUCAAUUAACAAUAGAGAGUCGAUUGCAGUAUUUAACGACAUUUCCAACUGGUACGAUUUUUAUAUUUCUUCAUAUACCAACCUAUAUGUUCUUCUUACUCGACUUUGUUCUAUCUGCAACAUGUACGACAGCAAAUUUUGGAACGAGCGCUAGCGCAUACUGGAUUUUUACGUUAUUUUUUAUUUGUUUGUUUUAUUAUUAUUUUUUAAUAUUAUUAUUUUAUUUUAUUUAUUUUUUUUUAUCUAGAGACGCAUAG